CUAUGCUCUACUGCUGUUGACUGCAAUUUUUGGAUUUUUGCAAUUUGUCUAUGAAUUUUUGAUUUCAAUCAGUUAAAAAUGUUGCCUGUAAGUGAAGAUCAAAUUAAAGCAAUUGGGGAAGUACUGAGUAACGACAAAAGACCCCUCAAAGAAAGAUUUCGAGCUCUGUUUACACUCAGAAAUAUAGGAGGACCUAUUGCGAUAGAACUCAUCAGCAAAUGCUUCAAUGAUCCAUCAGUUUUGCUUAAACAUGAGCUAGCAUAUUGCUUAGGGCAAAUGCAAGAUGAGAAGGCCAUUGGUACAUUGAUAUCUGUUUUAAAAGAUGAAAAUCAGGAACCCAUGGUCAGACAUGAAGCUGCUGAAGCUUUGGGUGCAAUAGGAUCAGAAGAAGCCUUAGAAUAUCUUGAGGAAUACAAACAUGAUAAAGUUGUUGAAGUUGCAGAAACAUGUGAAUUAGCUUUGGAGAGAAUCAAAUGGCUUAAAAAUUCAGGGGAUGAAACCAAAAAUCUAUCUCAAAGCCUGUAUAAUUCAGUUGAUCCAGCACCACCAGCUUUGAGUACAAAUAUCAGUGAAUUGAAAGAAAUAUUGAUGGACAAUAAGGCCACUCUAUUCAACAGAUAUAGAGCCAUGUUUGCCCUACGUAACAUUGGGUCAGAAAAAGCAAUAGCAGCUUUGGGAGAAGCUCUUAAUUAUGGAAGUGCACUUUUCAAGCAUGAAAUAGCUUUUGUCCUAGGUCAGAUGCAAAAGGAAUGUAGUAUUGAAUAUUUGAAACAUUCUCUUGAGGAUGACAGAGAAAAUGAAAUGGUUAGGCAUGAAUGUGCUGAAGCGCUAGGAUCAAUAGCAACAGAAGAAUGUACCAAUAUAUUGAAUAAGUAUCUGAAUGAUGAUAAAAGGGUUGUGAAAGAAAGUUGUAUCAUAGCAUUGGAUAUGUGUGAAUAUGAAAAUAGUCCGGAAUUUCAAUAUGCCAAUACCUUGAAAACUGUAUGAUGAAUAAAAUUUGAAAGAUUA